UCGGCCCGGAGGCUUUCAGUGAGGGGAGCCACGGGCUGGCUGGUAACGAGGGAUAAACGUUAUUGACAGAGAGCGAGGGGGGGGCAAUUUUAAGAAAUACCACCAAGAGUGAAAGACUGAAAGUUCUAGGGCGGAAAGAAGACAGAGGCUGAGAUUGAAGAUCUGAAGGGAGACCCUGAGAAGACUCUGACGGAGAAGACGACGACGGCCAUGUUUACUUUGCCAGCAGAGAUCACACGGUGAAAGAUAAGAAGCGCUCUCCCCCGUCCAGCAGACCCCCCGCCGGCCCACAACGCAACCCUCACCACAGCGCUUCUGCAGAGGAACACGAGAGUCCAGAGAGAGUGGAGCAGAAGGAGAAGCUCCAUGCAGAGUUGAAAAAGGUGCUGAGUCAGAAAAGAAGUCACCUUAGAGCAUCCACCUGCCAACUGGCCCAACCCGAGAUGGACCCAGAAACUUUUGACGAGCAGACAGACCAGACCCCGGCGAAAGCCGCUGAGCCUCCGGUGGAGAUCAUGGUGGAGACGGAAGCGGAGGCCGGAGCUAGUGGCUACAGCGUGACCGGCGGUGGAGAGCGAGGCAUCUUCAUCAAAGACGUACUCAAGGACUCGCCAGCCGCCAAACAUCUCAGUCUGCAACAAGGUGACCAGCUGCUUAGUGCCAAGGUCUACUUUGACAAUGUGCGAUAUGAAGACGCUCUGAAGAUCCUUCAGUGCGCCGAGCCCUACAAAGUCAGCUUCCUGGUCAAGAGGACGAUCCAGGGGGAGGAUGUCUACUUACGUCCCCGCCUGCCCAGUGUGGACAUCAAAGUUCCCAACACCAAGAUGGCCAAAAUGAGCGUGAAGGCCAUCAAGCCAUUCAAGGCCAAGAAGAAGCGAGGGGGUCGCUUUGGUCUGAGGAGGCUGAAGGAGAAGCGGCGUGAAGAGCUGGUGAUCGAGGGAACGCCGCCCCGGCUGGACAUUAGCGAUGUGGACGUGGAAUUUUGCCUCCCCAAGUUUAAACACAGGCAGAGCGGCCACCUGGAGGCCGAUGGGGAUUCUGCAGCAAAGGCAAAGAGGAAAAUCAGGUUUCCUGGGAUGAAGAUAAAAGGUCAGAGCGGAGGAAAAGAGGACACCGGACGACUGGAAGCAAAGGUGAAGGUCUCCCCGGCUGAGAUUCCUGCAGCCAAAGUGAAAGCCAAAGGAAAAGCUCCCAAAUUUGGAAUCAACUUUCCCAAGAGUAAGGACGCCAAGUCUGGAUCCGUGGAACUGAAGAAGCCGGGUGUAAACAUUGCGUCGCCGUCUUUCGAGUUCAGUUUGCCUGCUGGGAAGGGAGUAGAGGUGGAGAUGGGGGGAGCGUCGUUAAAUUCCCCAGAUGUGGAGUUUGCCCUCCCUUCCAUCCAAGCUGAUGCAUCUUUGCCCGCCGAGAAGGGAAAGGUGGAAAUUAAAGGUCCGAAAGUUGACGUAAGAAGAGCCGACGCCAAAGUUUCAAUGGGGAAAGUUGAUGUGGAAACAGGCAAAGGUGAUGGAAAACUGCAAAUGCCAAAGUUGAAACUUCCCAAAAUGAGACUAUCGCGUCAUUUGGAUGAGAAAGAUGACAAAAUGAAAGUCAAAGCAGAAGGAGAAAUCAGCGUUCCAACGGUGGAGAUAAAGGGAGGAAGUGGUAUUGUUGUCCCUGAAGUAAACGUCACCAAAGGAAACGUCCCAUCUUUGCCUUCUGUUGACAUCUCUUUACCCAAAGUCAAAGGAACAUCAGGCAUGGAUGUAAAGACAUCAAUUAAGAAGCCUGGAAUGGACUUUUCUGUGCCGGACGUGGACCUCCACGUAGGGAGAAUUCCUGACGAGGUGGAGGGCACUUUUAAAGGACCAGGAAUUUCCAUGCCCACACUGGAUAUCUCUUUACCAAAAAUGGGAUCGUCUAAUCUGGAUGUUGAUGGUGCAGAAAGUAGAGGGAAAUUUUCUCUUCCUUCUGCUGAGAUUGGAGUAGACAUGAGUCGUUACAUUGGUGGCGAUGGGACAUUCAGCCUACCCAGUUUUGAUGUAUCUCAAUCACAAAAAGCUCAUCUGAAAGGACCAGAUGUUAAAGGUGAAUUCAAGAUGCCCAGUGUGGACCUGACGCUUCCCAAAGGCAAAGAUGUGGACCUCAAUGUGCCAUCGAUCAGUCUUCCAGAGGGUAAUGUAAAGCUGAAAGGUCCAGAAUUCAAGGCUGGGAGGAUGGAAAUGCCAGAUAUUGACGUCUCGCUUCCGAAAGGAAAACUAGAAGGUGGCGUUGAGCUUCAAGGCCCUGAUAUCCAAGGAGGAAAGUUCAAAAUGCCAUCGUUGGAUGUUUCUUUACCAAAAGUCAAUCUUCCAGAGGGUGGUGUCAAACUAAAAGGUCCAGAACUUAAAGGGAAGACGGAAAUUCCAGACGUUGAUAUCUCGCUUCCAAAAGCUGAAGCAGAUUUUGACAUUGAAGGGCCUGAUGUAAAAGGAGGAAAGUUUAAAAUGCCAACAUUUAAUGUUUCUUUACCUAAAGUCAGUCUUCCAGAGGGUGGUGUCAAACUGAAAGGUCCAGAACUUAAGGGAGGGAGAAUGGAAAUGCCAGAUAUUGAUGUCUCACUUCCCAAAGGAAAAUUUGAAGGUGAUCUUGAGUUUGAAGGCCCUGAUGUCAAAGGAGGAAAGUUUAAAAUGCCGACAUUGGAUGUUUCUUUACCAAAAGUCAAUUUUCCAGAGGGAAAUGUAAAGCUGAAAGGUCCAGAAUUCAAGGGAGCAAAGAUGGAUAUGCCGGACUUCGAUGUUUCACUUCCGAAAGGAAAACUUGAAGGUGACGUUCAGUUGCAAGGCCCUGAUGUCAAAGGUGGAAAGUUCAAAAUGCCAACAUUGGAUGUUUCUUUACCAAAAGUCAAUCUUCCAGAGGGAAAUGUAAAGCUGAAAGGUCCGGAAUUCAAGGGAGGAAAGAUGGAUAUGCCAGAUAUUGGUGUGUCACUUCCCAAAGGACAAUUGGAAGGUGGCAUUGAGUUGGAAGGCCCUGAGGUCAAAGGAGGAAAGUUCAAAAUCCCAACGUUUGACGUUUCAUUACCAAAAGUCAAUCUUCCAGAGGGUGGUGUCAAACUUAAAGGCCCAGAAUUCAAGGGGGGCAAAAUGGAAAUUCCAGACAUCGAUGUGUCACUUCCCAAAGGAAAGGUUGAGGGUGAUGUUGAUUUUGAAGGCCCUGAUGUCAAAGGAGGAAAAUUCAAAAUGCCAACAUUGGAUGUCUCUUUACCAAAAGUCAACCUUCCAGAAGGCGGCAUCAAACUGAAAGGUCCACAAUUCAGAGGAAAGAUGGAAAAUCCAGAUGUCAAUGUCUCUCUUCCCAAAGUUGAGGGUGAUUUUGACAUUGAAGGCCCUGAUGUCAAAGGAGCAAAGUUCAAAAUGCCAUCAUUGGAUGUUUCUUUACCCAAAGUCAAUCUUCCGGAGGGCAAUGUCAAACUAAAAGGUCCAGAACUUGAGGGCCGUAAGAUUGAAAUGCCAGACUUGGAUAUUUCAUUUCCUAAAGGAAAAGCAGAAGGAAAACUAGGAAUUGAAGGACAUGUUGGCAAGGGUGGAAAGUUUCACAUGCCCUCUGUUGAUCUUUCUCUUCCUAAAAUAAAAACAAAAGGUCCGGAGAUCAACGUUGAGGGUCCUGAAUUCAAGGGUGGAAAAGUCACUUCCCCAUCUGUGGAUCUUUCCCUUCCCAAAGUUGAAGGUGAGCUAGAUCUCAAAGGCCCUGAUGUCAAAGGAGGAAAAUUUAAAAUGCCAACAUUGGAUGUUUCUUUACCCAAAGUCAGUCUUCCAGAGGGCGACGUGAAAGUAAAAGGUCCAGGACUUAAGGGAGUAAAGCUUGAAACGCCAGACCUUGAUGUCUCACUUCCACCUCCAAAAGCUGAGGGAGAUUUUGACAUUAAAGGCCCUAAAGCCAAAGGAGGAAAGUUUAAAAUACCAUCCCUGGAUGUUUCAUUACCAAAAGUCCAUCUUCCAGAGGGUGGUGUCAAACUAAAAGGUCCAGAAUUGAGGAAAGGGAAGAUGGAAAUGCCAGACCUUGAUGUCUCACUUCCCAAAGGAAAGGUUGAGGUUGAUCCAGGAGACCUUGACAUCAAAGGAGGAAAGUUCAAAAUGCCGACAAUUGAUGUUUCUUUACCAAAGGCCAAUCUCCCAAAGUUUGAUCCCAAAUUGGAAACACCAAAUAUCAAAGGAAAAUUUGAAAUGCCACACUUGGAUACUUCAUUUCCUAAAGGAAAAGUUGAAGGUGACCUGGAUCUUGAAGGACCUGAUGUCAAAGGAGGAAAGUUUCAAAUGCCGACAAUUGAUCUUUCUUUACCAAAAGUCAGUCUUCCAGAAGGUGAUAUCAAACUAAAACGCCCAGAACUUGAGGGACGGAAGACUGAGAUGCCAGACUUGGAUAUUUCAUUCCCGAAAGGAAAAAUGGGAAUUGAAGCGCAGGUUGGUAAAGGAGGAAAGUUUCAUAUGCCCUCUGUUGAUCUUUCUCUUCCUAAAAUGAAAACAAAAGGUCCAGAGAUAAAAAUCGAAGGUCCUGAUUUUAAAGGUGCAAAAGUCACCACCCCAUCUUUGGAUGUUUCCCUUCCAAAAGUUGAAGGCGAAUUGGAUCUUGAAGGCCCUGAUGUCAAAGGAGGAAAGUUCAAAAUGCCAACAUUAGAUGUCUCUUUACCAAAAGUCAAUCUUCCAGAGGGAAAUGUAAAGCUGAAAGGUCCGGAAUUCAAGGGAGGAAAGAUGGAUAUGCCGGACAUCGAUGUCUCACUUCCCAAAGGGAAACUUGAAGGCGGCGUUGAGCUGCAAGGCCCUGAUGUCAAAGGAGGAAAGUUCAAAAUGCCAACGUUGGAUGUUUCUCUACCAAAGGUCAAUCUUCCAGAGGGUGGUGUCAAACUAAAAGGUCCAGAAUUCAAGGGCGCAAAGAUGGACAUGCCGGACAUCGAUGUCUCCCUUCCAAAAGUUGAGGGAGAUUUGGACAUUGAAGGCCCUGAUGUCAAAGGAGGAAAGUUUAAAUUACCAACAUUUUAUGUUUCUUUACCCAAAGUCAACCUUCCAGAGGGUGGUGUCAAACUAAAAGGCCCACAAUUUAAAGGAAAGAUGGACAUGCCAGAUGCCGAUGUCUCACUUCCCAAAGGACAAUUGGAAGGUGGCGUUGAGCUUCAAGGCCCUGACGUCAAAGGAGCAAAGUUCAAAAUGCCAUCAUUGGAUGUUUCUUUGCCUAAAGUCAACCUUCCAGAGGGUGGUGUUAAAAUAAAAGGUCCAGACAUUGACGGACGAAAGAUUGAGAUGCCGGACUUAGACAUUUCAUGCCCUAAAGGUAAAGUAGAAGGAGAAAUAGAGAUUGAAGGGCAUGUUGGUAAAGGUGGAAAGUUUCAUAUGCCCUCUGUUGAUCUCUCUCUUCCUAAAAUAAAAACAAAAGGUCCAGCGAUAAAGAUUGAAGGUCCUGAUGUUAAAGGUGCAAAAGUCACGAUGCCAACGGUUGACAUUAAACCUCCUAAAGUUGAAGGAGACCUGGAUAUUGAAAGCCCUGACAUUAAAGGAGGAAAGUUCAAAAUUCCAACAUUUGACAUUUCAUUACCGAAAGUCAAUCUUCCAGAGGGUGGCGUCAAACUGAAAGGUCCAGAACUCAAGGGAGGUAAGAUGGAUAUUCCGGACAUCGAUGUCUCACUUCCCAAAGGAAAACUUGAAGGUGGCGUUGAGCUUCAAGGCCCUGAUGUCAAAGGAGGAAAGUUCAAAAUGCCAACGUUGGAUGUUUCUUUACCAAAGGUCAAUCUUCCAGAGGGUGAUGUUAAAAUAAGAGGCCCAGAGUUCAGCGGAGGGAAAAUUGACAUGCCAGACGUUGAUAUGUCAUUCCCGAAAGGAAAAGCAGGAGUCAGUGGAAUUGAAGGCCAUGGUGGUAAAGGGGUUAAGUUCCAUAUGCCCUCUGUAGAUCUCUAUCUUCCCAAAAUGAAAACAAAAGCUCCAGAGAUCAAUAUUGAAGGCCCUGACAUUAAAGGUGGAAAGGUCACCAUGCCAACGGUUGACGUUUCACUUCCAACGGUUGAAGGAGAACUGGAUCUUGAAGGCCCUGAUGUCAAAGGAGGAAAGUUCAAAAUGCCAACGUUGGAUGUUUCUUUACCCAAAGUCAAUCUUCCAGAGGGUGGUGUCAAACUAAAAGGUCCGGAACUUAAAGGAAAGAUGGACAUUCCCGAUGUUGAUGUCUCGCUUCCAAAAGGAAAACUUGAAGGUGGCGUUGAGCUGCAAGGCCCUGAUGUCAAAGGAGGAAAGUUCAAAAUGCCAACGUUGGAUGUUUCUUUACCAAAAGUCAAUCUUCCAGAGGGUGGUGUCAAACUAAAAGGUCCAGAAUUCAAGGGCGCAAAGAUAGAUAUGCCGGACAUCGAUGUCUCACUUCCAAAAGUUGAGGGAGAUUUGGACAUUGAAGGUCCUGAUGUCAAAGGAGGAAAGUUUAAAUUACCAACAUUUGAUGUUUCUUUACCUAAAGUCAACCUUCCAGAGGGUGGUGUUAAACUAAAAGGUCCACAAUUUAAAGGAAAGAUGGACAUGCCAGAUGCCGAUGUCUCACUUCCCAAAGGACAAUUGGAAGGUGGCGUUGAGCUUCAAGGCCCUGAUGUCAAAGGAGCAAAAUUCAAAAUGCCAUCAUUGGAUGUUUCUUUACCCAAAGUCAACCUUCCAGAGGGUGGUGUUAAAAUAAAAGGUCCAGACCUUGACGGUCGAAAGAUUGAGAUGCCGGACUUAGACAUUGAAGGCCCUGAUUUCAGAGGAGGCCAAAUUAAAAUGCCCAAACUUGAUGUUUCUUUGCCAAAAAUGAGUCUUCCAGGGGGUGGUGUUAAAAUGAAAGGUCCAGAUUUGGGGGAGGUCUCACUCAAAGGAAAAACAGAGGGAGAAAUGGGUAUUGAUGGUCAUCUUGGUAAAGGAGGAAAGUUCCAUCUGCCCUCUGUUGAUUUUUCUCUUCCCAAAAUGAAAACAAAAGGUCCAGAGAUAAAUAUUGAAGGGCUUGAUGGUAAAGGUGGAAAGGUUACCAUGCCAACUAUGGAUGUUUCUCUUCCCAAAGUUCAAGGUGAGCUGGAUCUUCAAGGCCCCGAUAUCAGAGGAGGAAAGUUCAAAAAGCCGACUGUUGAUGUUUCCUUACCGAAGGUUAGUCUUCCAGAGAGUGGUGUUAAACUACAAGGUCCAGAAUUCAGAGGAAAGAUGGAAGCACCAGAUGUUGAUAUCUCAAUUCCCAAAAUCGAGGGGGAUAUUGAGGGACCUCAUAUCAAAGGAGGAAAAUUCAAAAUGCCAACCAUUGAUGUUUCUUUGCCAAAAGUCAAUCUUCCAGAGGGUGGCGUCAAACUGAAAGGUCCAGAAUUCAAGGGCGCAAAGAUGGAUAUGCCGGACAUCGAUGUCUCAUUUCCCAAAGGAAAACUUGAAGGUGGCGUUCAGCUGCAAGGUCCUGACGUCAAAGGAGGAAAGUUUAAAAUGCCAUCACUGGAUAUUUCUUUACCAAAAGUCAAUCUUCCAGAGGGUGGUGUCAAAUUAAAGGGGCCGAAGAUCAGUGGAGGGAAGACUGGGAUGGCCGAUCUGGACGUGUCAUUCCCUAAAGGAAAAGUAGAAGGAGAAAUAGGAUUUGAAGGGCAUGUCGGCAAGGAGGGAAAGUUUCAUAUGCCCGCUGUUGAUAUUUCUCUUCCUAAAGUGAAAACAAAAGCUCCAGAGAUAAAUAUUGAAGGUCCUGAUGUUAAAGGUGUCAAAGUCACUCUGCCAACGGUUGACGUUUCUCUUCCCAAAGUUGAAGGUGACCUGGAUCUUGAAGGCCCUGACGUCAGAGGAGGAAAGUUCAAAAUACCAACAUGGGACAUUUCUUUGCCAAAAGUCAAUCUUCCAGAAGGUGGUUUAAGAAUGAAAGGUCCGGAACUCAAGGGGGGCAAAAUGGAAAUUCCAGACAUGGAUGUGUCACUUCCCAAAGGAAAAGUUGAGGGUGAUGUUGAUUUUGAAGGCCCUGAUCUCAAAGGAGGAAAGUUAAAAAUGCCAAAAAUUGAUGUCUCUUUACCCAAAGUCAAUCUUCCAGAGGGAAAUGUAAAGCUGAAAGGUCCGGAAUUCAAGGGCGCAAAGAUGGAUAUGCCGGACAUCGAUGUCUCACUUCCCAAAGGAAAAGCAGAAGGAGAAAUGCGAAUAGAAGGGCAUGUUGACAAAGGAGGAAAGUUCCACAUGCCCUCUGUGGAUAUUUCUCUUCCUAAAAUGAAAGCAAAAGGUCCACACAUAAAUAUUGAAGAGCAUGAAAUUAAAGGUGGAAAAGUCACCAUGCCAACGGUUGAUGUUUCUCUUCCAACAAUCAAAUCUCCAGAAGUAGACUUCAGUUUGGAGGGUCCUGAUGUAAAAGGUGGAAAACGUGGAGCAGUCAAACUUCCAACUGUUGACAUCUCAGCUCCAAAGGUGGAUCUUGACUUUGGCCUCACCAAACCAAAAGGUGACGAUGUGGAAGUGGCGCUUCUGAAAGCAGAGGGAAGUCGGCCAUCUUCUGGAGGAAGUUUUGAUUUGCCUCAUGUUUCUCUCAAAGCCCCUAGUUUUACGCUUCCCAGGUUUGGUGGAAAGUCCAAGAGUGGUCGUUUGGAGGUGUCGGGACAAAGCUCUGAGGGUGACAUUUCUCUCAAGGCGCCAUCAGUGGAGUUGGGUUUGGACAGUACAGUGAAGGGCAAAAAAGCUAAACUCAAAACACCCUCCUUUGGAAUAUCCCCAACUGAUGCCGAUGUGUCUGUGUCUUGUCCUGAAUUUGAUGUCAAUACAAAAAAGGGGGGCAUUGCCAUUCCUAAACCAGAUGUUGAUGUAGAGGGGAAAGGUCACUUCCAUGCACCUGAUGUCACUAUCAAAUUCCCAAAGUUCUCCAUGCCAGGAAAGCCAAGUGGUGACCUUGAAGCUAAGGCCAAGGCCAGGAUGCCCUCAGUUGAGCUAUCACUUCCCGCCACUAAAUCACCAGAAAUGGAGGUUCUUCUCCCCAAAGCAGAGGUAGACGUAUCCCAGUGUGACAUCCAAACCUAUGAGGGACACCUGAAAAUUCCCAAAAAGCCUGGGAUAGAUGUGACUGUGCCUAAAGUUGACCUAGAUGUGCCACUUCCCAAAAUAAAACUCGAGUCCAGUUCUGAGAGAGGAGCGAAAUUUAAGAUGCCUGAUGUGGACUUAUCCCUACCAAAAGGAAAAAUCGGCAGCCUCCCAAAAAGUAAAUCUUUAAAGAUGGAAGCACCAGAAGUUGAACUUAAAAUGCAGUCAAUAGACGUGUCCCUACCCAAGCCGCCAGAGGCUGACGUACAUGGAGAUGGACGAGGCACUUUUAAGACGCCGCGUGCCGACAUUGACCUACCAGAAGCCACAAUGCCAAAGGCAGACAUAUCCAUGAAGAUGCCAAGACUGGAUAUUACAGGUCCAAAAGGGGACUUGGAGCUGGAUUUACGACUUCGGAAAGGAGACACCAAAGUAGACGUAUCUGAUGUAGAAACCAACAGCAAAGUCAGAGGGCCCAAAGUCAAAGGAACAAAAUUCAAUAUUGGAAUGCCCAAAAAGAAAAAUGGUGGUGGUGUCAAAGUUGAAGUCUCUGGUCUGGCAUCCACAAAUCACAACGGACACAAAGAGGGAAACGUUAACGUCCAAAUGCCAGGCGUUGCGUUACCAAGUGCAGGUGUGAAAAGCCAAGAAGGCUCAGCAGAACGGGGCCUACCGUCAUCAUCUAGUGCGGUCCCCAGGAUUCCAGACAUAGACUUUGAUAUCGGCACGGCACAAGAUGAAGAUGAGGACAAAUUAGGAAAGAGGAUAAAAAUCCCCAAGUUCGGUGUCCCUCUUCCCUCCCUGUCCUCCCCGGAAGGAAGACUGGAGCUCUGUGGGUCAGAGAUCAAACAAGAGGGCCCCAAAAUAAAGAAAGCAGUUUUUGUUUUAGUAAAUCCACCUCAAACAGACAAUGUGACUUUAAAUACAGGUGAUGUCAAAGUGAAGACUUCCAAGUUUCAAACAAAGACCAUGGAAACAUCUGUUAGCACAACUGGAACGUCAGUGUGGGCCAGUCCAGUCAAGACAGAAGACCCAAUGUCAAGGUUCCAUUUUGAAAAGGAUUCAAGACCUCAUAAGGUCUUCAAGAGCGAAGACGUGGCCGCUAGUGGAAAAGUCAAACUUCCAAAGGUGGAAUUCACUUCUCCUUACGGAAAGAAAGCCGCAGGUGACGCCAACUUCGAAAUGGCAACCAGACUGGGCAAACCUUCAUUGUCAGGGGAAGCUCCUAAAGGGCUCCAGAUAAAACCCGGCAAGGUUUCAUUUGAAGGAUUUGCUGAGGAGUCCUCAAGGGAAGUUGUCUCACACCACUCCAGAACAGAAAGGCUGGAUCAGGACACCUUUGGAUCACCAGCUGCUUUUACCAUGGGGUUCAGCUCAACAAAGGUCCAAACCUGGAGCGAGGGAGACACCAUAGAAGAUCCCCAGGGAACAGAGGCUCCCUCUUGGUUCAAGGUCCCGAAGGUCACCCUGAAACCUCACUCCACAGGCUUCCUCCAGAUCACGCCAGAGGGGUCUCCUCAGGCACAGCGGCGAGGGGAGCUGGGAGGCGAGGCCAACUUGUCAGGCUCAUUCUGCCAGCAGUCCUCCGACGACGUCACCACAAGGGAAGUGUCUUCCCCGAGGGGAGGGGGCUCGGUUACCGUGGUGACCAAGACCACCAGGACGAAGCAGCACUCCACGCCAGCCGGGACGUCAGCGGGUCAUUGGUUGGGAACCACUCACCCGCCGUCAGACCUCUGAGGAACCGGACACGCCUACAAAAUUCAAGUCUAUAUAAAUACAGACACGUCCCACCUUACGAGUUAUGUUCUAGGAGGCUGUUUGUAUAUUCAAUUGUUUGUAAUCCGUUACAGAGCUUUAUUUUAAUUUGCAAAGAACCCCACAGUAACUAUGGUGUGACAGUCUUUUUACAUUUUUAGGACUUUAGGGGAAAUUUUGCCAUUUUACUAUUGUCACUACGUAUUAGUGCCUGUUCAUUUUGCGCAUCUUUGUUGAAAAUCUGGUCAAUCCAGUCUCUUUAGUGUACAGUUCUUCAUAUUACAACGUAAGAAUAAAUACGAUUUUACAAGCUACGUUAAACAGGAUUUUUUUGCAACGCAAUUUCAUUGUAGCUGAAGUAGUUACAUUUGACAUUACUGCCAGAAGAUGAUGUAAAUAGUAGUUUGUUCCUUGUGGAGGUAGUUUAAUCAUUAGUAUUAUUACCACAUUCUCCAAGAGUAGUGACGGGAAUGUUUUUGUCACAUUGAUUUGUGUGUCUUUGAGGCUUCUUUGACAUUGUGACACAUUUUGUACUUUAAACUUGUGAGUCAUGCCAUAACUUUUUUUUUUGCCAUUUGUCUGGAUCAUAUCUGUAAACCUUUGACUGGUGGUCAAUCAUUUAGACCAAAAUGCUGCUGUUCUAGUCCAUCUUUUUAUUUUUCUUGGAUCCCAAGUUAGGAAUAUCUCGCUAAAUUUAAAUGUUUCUUUUCAUAUGAAUUAUAUGGACACAGUUAUCAAGCUAUUUGCGUGGGAUAAACAGUAUACAAUAGAAACGAAAGGCUGAUUGUCCAUAUAGUGAAUAUACACCUCACCCUCAUAUUUACCACAGAAUACAAGUGAUAGUUUUCACGAGAUGACAUUUUGUAGAAUUAAAAAAACUGAAAAGAAUUUCUGACAGCACUACCCAUCAUCACAUUUCUUAUGAGUAACAUUUGAGAAUGUAUACGCAUUUGUUUUUGACUCCGGUUGCUGCGCCUGUUUUGCAGGUGAAAUUUAAAUUUUAUUUUACAAAUGCUGGAUAAAGAGUAUAUGUCAGUACACACUGAGAUGUUUGUGUAGAAACGAAGACUUUCGAGUUUGACGUAUUUGUUAGGUGGUAUAGUAAAUGUGUUGUCAUGACUGCACUGGAGAGAUUGUUGGUGAAGAAAUUACAUGAAUAAAAUAAUAUAUUGACACA